AUGGACAGGGCCCGGUGGCAGUGGGUGACGACCGUCCCCGCCAUCUGCCUCACCCUCGCCUUUUCCCUCACCGCCGUGAGCAGUAGCCACUGGUAAGAGGGGACACGGAGGGUGGCAAAGCCACUGUGCCAGGACCCCCCGGGGGACCUGCCCUGCAUUCACUUCUGCAGGGACAGCAGGAGGGACAACGGGAGCCAGGCUGUCCGGUACAUUUGGGAGAUGGGGGACGACAAGCUCAUCCAGUGCAGGUUCCAUGUGGGGCUCUGGCAGUCCUGCCUGGAGAGCCUCAGCAGCACAGGUGAAGAGGGUAGGAGUUUCCAGAGUAUGAUACCAGCUGAAGAACAAGGUGUGCUGUGGCUGUCUGUUGGGGCUGAGGUCCUGAAUAUCCUUCUGAUGUUGACAAGUGCCAUCCUCCUGGGCUCCGAAAUGAGUUACUGCAGCUCUGGGGUCCACUGGCUCAAGGUGGAUACCUCUGUAGCCAUCCUCAUGGUUCUUGCAGGGCUCCUAGGCAUGGUGGCUCACAUGAUGUACACAACCAUUUUUCAAAUCACCGUGAACCUUGGGUCGGAAGACUAGAGGCCUCAGACGUGGGGCUCUGGCUAGUCAUACUGCCUCGCCUGGGGUUCUUUUGCCCUCUGCACGGCUGUGUCGGUCAUAGCCAUGAGCAGAUACACGGCAGCCCGCCUGGAAUUCACAGAGAAGCAGAGGAUACAAGAGGUCAGUCAACACUCUCAACACAACUUCCUGGAACCCAAGGCUUCUGAAAGUGUUUGGGAAACAGAAGCAGCUCCCAGCCCUGAGGGGCAUGCCCUCAUGAGUUUACCUGAGUACCUGCCACCAGGUGCCUCAGUCAAGGUGUCCGUGUGCUAG